AUCCCUAAUCUAUCUGCUCUCUGCGAACUGCGAAGGCCGAAGCGGAAGUGCGAAACUGCGAACUCCGAGUCUCCGACCAGCGACCGGCGCUACACCAACGACGGAGACCUGCGGGCUGCGGUUCGGCACUUCGGCACUUCGGCCUUCUCCCAGUCUGGCAGUCUCCCUACUCCGGUCUCUCUCCCUACUGCGGGUUACUAACAGAGUUCUAUUAGAUGUUUCUUGAAGGUGUCCUGAAAUACAACAGGUGCUACUCAGUUACGGGACUCUUUCGAGUAUUUUGAUUUUUGUUGUAGCUGCUUGGCUAGAGAAUGGAUAGGGAAGUAGGGUUGGAGCUUUCAAAUGAAGAAAAUCUUAUCCAACCAUUACUUAUUGCUUCAAAGUCUCCUACCAUAGAAAAGGCUCUAGAGCAGCUUAUUGACAUUGCCAAAACUGCAGAAGGUCGUUUGGACCUUGCUUCCCAAAAUAUUGUUUCCAAACUCCUGCAACUAUGCUCAUCUAUCGCAUAUCCUGCUGGUUGCUACAUCCUUUUGCCGGCUUUGAAGUUACUUAGAAACCUAUGUGCAGGAGAAAUAAGAAAUCAGAAUGCUUUUCUUGAACAAAAUGGAGCUGAAGUUGUCUCGACUAUUAUUAGAUCUGCUGGAUUUGCUUCUGAUUAUAAUGGCGAGAUUGUUCGAAUGGGGCUGCAACUCCUGGCUAAUUUUGUAUUGGCUGGUGGAGAACAUCAGCGUGCUGUUUGGUGCCAAUUCUUUCCACAUGGAUUCUUGAAUAUUGCUAGAGUAAGAAGUAGGGAAAGCUGCGAUCCCCUAUGUAUGGUUAUUUACACAUGCUGUGAGGGUGAUGAUGGGCUAUUAGCUGAUUUAUGUAAUGAGCAAGGGUUGGCAGUUGUCAUUGAAAUUAUACAGACUGCAUCUAUUGUUGAUUCGAUAGAAAAAUGGUUCAAGUUACUUAUAUCAAGAAUUUGCAUUGAAGAGUCCUGCACUGCAUCAGUUUUCUUCAAGUUAGGUCCAGAUUGUGGUGUCGAAAGUGGGCAUUUUGUUGCUGAACAAGCAUAUAUUUUGAGCAUCCUUUCAGAGAUACUGAACGAAAGCAUAGAGGGUAUAAUUGUAAACCCUGAUUUCGCCCCGUGCAUUCUUGGGAUACUGAGAAGUUCUAGCGGGGUUGUUGAUUUCUCCACUAGAGGGGAAACUGGUCUACCAACUGGCAAUGCUGUUAUUGAUGUUCUAGGGUACUCAUUAACCAUUUUGAGAGACAUUUGUGCCUGUGAUCAUCUCACUGGAGCUUCAGAUGAUGCCGUGGGCAUGCUAGUUUCAUCAGGACUAAUUGAAUUGCUGCUCGCUUUCCUCUCCAACCUUGAACCUCCAGCAACAAUUCAGAAAGCAAUGGACCGAGGGGAGAUCACGUCUUCUUCUCCAACUGCACGUUGCCCUUACAAAGGCUUCCGGAGAGACAUUGUCGCUGUGAUCGGAAACUGUGCAUACCGGAGAAAGCUGGUGCAGGAUGAAAUCAGAAAGAGAAAUGGUAUUAUUUUGUUACUACAACAGUGUGUUAGUGAUGAAGAUAAUCCGUUCCUGAGGGAAUGGGGCAUCUGGGCUGCAAGGAAUCUACUGGAAGGAAAUACAGAAAACCAAAAAGUAGUAACAGAUUUGGAGCUUCAAAGAAGUGUAGAUGUUCCUGAACUUGCUAGGCUUGGUCUCCGAGUAGAUGUAGACCCUACAACUCAUCGUGCAAAGCUUGUUAACAUACCCCACUCUGAGUAACCUAGGGGGUGUGGUUACUUAUUUCGGUCGGUUACGCGAGGGGUAACUUUUUUUCGGUUAUUAAUCAAAAACCGACCGAAAUCGAUGCUCACCCUUAACAAUUAGUCAAAGACCUCAAAUAUAUUAACUCUCUCUCUAUAUAUAUAUAUAUUGAUGGCCAUUACUCUAUGACAUUUC